GUCGCGAUGUGCGAGUAUUGAUUAGACGGCGAGCUAGCGUCAGACAGCGACAGAACUCGGGGGAUCGGUGACGUGCGCGUGUGUGCGUGAGUGUGUGUGUGUAAUUAGAAGAUCUGAUUCCUGUGGCUACGAGAGAAGAACUUAUAAGAACACGAGUGUCGAGUCUCGGGAAAAUGAGUGGCAAGUGCUGUCCCUCGUGGUGGUGUAGGUUGGUGUUGUGGACGUGCGCCCUAGCGGUCGGAUGGGUUCAGACCGAAACGAUACACUUUACCAACUCGCCGAAGCUCAUCAUGGCGUCGAAGAACUACACCACGUACGAAAUUGAGGUCCCAGGAUCGAAACCGAUCACGAUCAUCGAAGCAACCGAUCCGUACGAUCGUGCUGCGAGCAAUACUCACCGGCUGGACACAUUCCCAAAGGAGGUGCAACUACCCAACGGUGGACCGACGACAAGCUUCCGGACCAGUACCGGGCUAAGCGUGAGCAGACCGCACGCCCAGCAGUCUGCCGAACAGACGACCGGUACCCGUAAAACGCUCUACUCACCCGAGCUGCUGAACAAAUUUCUCAAGGAGUACUCGGAGAAGCUGCGCAACGCUGACUCCGCCACGAGAAAGCGCCUGAACGAGAUCACGAUGCUGAACAGCAACAUUAACCGAAACCAGAACGAGCUGGUGCCGGGAGGCGCGGCGGACGACGAGAAUCAGUACCGGCACAAGCAUCCACACCUGGGAGCGAUUGAGGCCGACGAGAGUGCUGCCGCCGCCAGCGAUCGCGUACCGCCGCCGGAGGAUGAGCCAAAGGUGGAGGAUGAGUUUGUGUUUAACGACACACACGAGCGGCAUGUGACGGGCAACGGCAACACCAACAAGCGGUGGUACCAGGAGGCAGGCCUGACGGGAAGCUAUCAGCCACAGCCUCCCCAAACCGGCCACAAAAACCACCCGUGGAACAUUAAGGACGGUUGGGUGACGCUCGAAGCUGUGCCGUGGUCGGAGAGCAAGGUAUCAAAGUGGCACGCCACAGGAUCGGAGUUGAGCAAGAAACCACCGGGGAAGGUGGCGACAGUGCAGCAGCACGCGUACGACAAGUACUGGAACUCCGGUUCGCUCGCCAGCGAAGAAACUCCCAAGUACAAACCCCUCGCUACGUCGGGCUCUAUCGGUGCGUCGAGCUAUUACGGCGGGGAUGCAGACGAUGGUUACGGGUACGGUGGGUCGUCAGCCGACAAUAGAUCACCGGUGAACCGGUUGCCACCCACCUCUGCACCACCCACCGAAUCACUCUACAACCGGAGACGUCCUACCGUAACGCUUUACAGCGAGCGCCCGGAUGCGGAUAGCAAUAGGCCGUCCGCAUCGCAACCGCAGCCUGACGCCUGGUACGAUCAGCCGCUUCAUUCCAGCAAUCCGUACGAUUCGAUGAAAGCGUACCACGAUCCUAAUCCUACCCCGAGCACCUCCAAUCGCGACAUCAUUACCGACGGCCGUCCGGCAAACUUUCCCAAAUUUGCUCAUGAUCGUCCCGGGCAGCAGCAGCAGCAGCAAGCGGGUUACGGUGUGGACAACACGCCACAAAGCCAGCGCGUGAAACCCGUAUCCUACCCGGAACGGGGCACUGGCGAAUGGGUGCUCAUCUCCACCACCAAGGGCUACCAGUACCCGAAGCGACGUCACGGACAGCGAGCGAUCACCUUUUCGCCAGCUACUUCGACAAGCCAUCAGACGGUAAAGCUGACGGUGCUACCGAUGAAGAACGCCAUCGAUAUGACCACCUCGCACAACGGUCUGAUUGAGGUGUCCUCCUCGACGCAAACGGUUGAGGAUGCGGUCAAGCAGCAGCAGCAGCAGCAGCAGAAGAAUAAACGCAAGGGUCAGCAUUCUGCGGGCAACAGUCUCGUGGGGCACAAGAAGAAGAAGCAUUCGGGCACGGUGACGUCCUCAGCGCAAACCUUCUCCCUGAUGAGGCGCGACGCGUCGCAGGACGGUUCGGCGGUGCUGGCCGCGGUUGGAGCUGGUAUGGUACCGGCCACCAUGGCCAUCCUGGCACCGAUGGUUCUCGGGCGAAAGAAAUAGUAGCCGCGCAAACACUCUCAGUGAUGAGAUG